GAAUUUAUUUUGACCAAAAGCGAAGUAGUAUCAUUUCGUCUAUCGGCAUGUGCGGUCGAAUUACGUGAAAUGUUGAGCGGCCCGGGUAUUGCUGGUCUCCUGCUCACGGUUCUGCUUUUUGGCCUUUUGUGUCCGAGACUGGCCAUCGCGGAAAAUAUCUUGGCCGUAUUCUCGUACACCUUUGGAUCGUCCUACUUGCUGAUUACUCCGUUCUUAAGGAAUCUUGUCCAGCGGGGUCACCAGAUAACUUUGAUAUCGGCCGUUACGAUUAUGCCCCACAUAGAGGGUGUCCAUCACAUCCGAGUGCCCAAACUGGAUAUGCUGAUGAAAAUUCUAUUAGAUUUGGAAUAUGACACCGAUUUAACCAAAUGGACGGAGGCUCAAUUCGUGUCCGAUUACUUUUACAACUGCUCAAAGUUCGUCCUUGAAGAUCCUGGGGUGCAGGAGCUGCUCCACAACGCCAGUGCCAAGUAUUCGCUGAUUAUUUUGGAGGCGUCACACAACGAUGCCCUGUACGGAUUUUCGCAGCACUUUAAUGCACCGCUGGUGGGGAUCGCCGCCUACGGAUCGUCCUGGAACAUUGACUUUCUGGUGGGGAACUCGGCGCCAAGUGUCUACGAACCGAUAUCGGCCUUGGGCUACACAGCUGGCCUUAGUCUGAUGGAGAAGUGGCACAACCUAAUCUUCAUUACCGAGGAGCGUUUGGUGGAGCGAUUCAUCUACCUCCCGCGCCAAAAAGAUCUAUACAAGCAACAUUUCCCUGGUGCCACCACCAGUAUUCAUGACCUCCGUCGGAGAUUCUCACUGAUCCUGAUCAAUCAGCAUUUCACCAUGGGCCGAGUUCGCAGCAAUGUGCCCAAUAUCGUGGAAGUGGCGGGUAUGCAUCUAGACGAAAAACCAUAUCCUUUGGAUGCGGAACUGAAAAAGAUUUUGGAUGAAGCCAAACAUGGAGUUAUCUAUUUUUCUAUGGGCCUGCAACUUCUGGAGACUUGGUUGCCCCCCGGAAUGCGAGCUACUAUGUCGGAGGCCUUUGCGCAGUUGAAACAACAAGUGAUUUGGAAGAGUGACCAUCCAGAGAUGGUCAACCAAUCAAGGAAUGUCUUUGCUAGAACAUGGUUUCCCCAACGGGCGAUCCUCAAUCAUCCUAAUGUUAAGCUAUUUAUCACCCAUGCUGGUCUUUUGGGCCUUAUUGAAUCCGUUCACUAUGCAGUCCCCCUACUUUGUAUACCUCUGUUCUACGAUCAGUUUCAAAACACCAAGCGAAUGGAGAAGUUGGGCGUGGCCAGGCGUCUGGAUUAUAAAAACCUUCUCCGGGACGAAAUUGUCCUGGCCAUUGAGGAUCUUGUAUACAAUGCUAGUUAUAAACGAAAUGCGAGGGAUUUGUCUCAACGUUUUCACGACCAACCAAUGUCUGCCAUGGAUACCGCGAUUUGGUGGACUGAAUAUAUCAUGCGGCACAAAGGAGCCGACCACAUGAGAAUCGCAGAGCAGGAAAUGUCCUUGUUGCAAUACUAUAACGUGGAUGUUGUUUCUGUUCUCUUCGGACGAAUCGGACUUAGUGCUAUUAUUGUUAUCUUCCUCGGCUGGAAACUAGUCUCAUUGGCAACAAGACACCUUGAGUACCGAUUCAAUGUGCACUUGGUAAGAUAAAAUUUAAUUAUUAUUGGCAACAGCAAAUCCACGACAUUGCCAAUCGGUCACCUUUUGUUAUAAAAAGUGUGUUAGACGGUGUUUUGUAUCAUUUUAGCAUUGUACUCAGGUAAUUUAUAAACCCAAAUAGGUUUAAAUAAAAAACAUUGUAAAAGCGCUCUGAUCGAAUGCUUAACCAAACUUUACUUAAUGAUUCACCUAUCAACAUUACAGUUUAUAACUUUGCAAAAGGUUAAUCUACAAUAUUUGAUGGUAUGUAUAUGCUGAUAUGAAAGAAUUUUAGUCGCGAGUAACGUAAAAUAGGUGUAUUAAUUGUAAAUGCUUAUUUCGCAUUGAUAGCGAGUUAUCUAAUCAGUCAGUUAAAUGACCGUGGCGGCGCCAAAAAUUUUUCACCUUGAUUUUACACUUAAAAGAUUAAAAUAAAGGUUCAAAUUGUUAAAUAAUUUUCGUGAUUAUUUAUUAGGAUUAAAUAAUUUAUAGAAUACCAGGAAAAACAAGAGUUUCCUCCUGUGGCAACUGCUUUAUAUAUUGUAAUUAGAAAACUUUUCCUCCUUCAGUCGUUAUCUAUCCAAACCUUUUUCAUUUUUUUCUUGCCCAUAAACAUAACCGCGCUCAUUAC